GAGAAAAAAGGAUGGCCUAGCUCAGCGUAUCACACACCGCGUUUUCCAGUCGACUCAUCGACAGCUGUCCCUUCCCGGUUGUCUCAACUUGUAUGUACCGCCUUGGAGCUUCGCGGGGCUGACAAUAUCAGCUUACACGUGGCGAUAUUCUCAAUCAGAUAGCACAAGCAUUGAGACCUCCCUGGUGAGCUUUAAAGGAACGUCUAAUCCCUGUAAACUCGAAAUCAUCAAAAAACAGCCGCCUUUUAUUUGUACGACGUCCACUCAGCCAUUCUUAGCAGAACCCGGACCAUGGCGCCCUUCCCUCCGCCACCCGUCAACACCAUUGACUGGUCCAAUGUCGGCUUCCGUGUUCGCGAAGUUAACGGCCAUGUUGAAUCCCACCACUCUGUCCAAACCGGCCAAUGGAGUCCGCUCAAGUUCGUGACGGACCCGUAUAUCCGCAUCCACGGCAUGGCGCCCGCGCUCAAUUACGGCCAACAAGCCUAUGAGGGCCUCAAGGCGUUCCGCCUGCCGGGAGACAACGCCAUCGCCCUCUUCCGGCCGGACCGCAACGCUGCCCGCAUGCGCCACAGCGCCGAGUUCGUCAGCAUCCCGCCCGUGCCCGAGGACCUGUUCCUCACCGCCGUCAAGGCCGCCGUCGCGCUCAACGCCGAGUACGUCCCGCCGCACGACACGGGCGCCGCCAUGUACGUGCGCCCGCAAAUCUACGGCUCCUCGGCCCAGCUCGGCCUCAACCCGCCCGAGGAGUACACCUUUGCCGUCUACGUCCUGCCCACGGGCGUGUACCACGGCACGCACCCCGUCAAGGCGCUCAUCCUGGACGACUUUGACCGCGCGGCGCCCAACGGGACUGGAAGCGCCAAGGUCGGCGGCAACUACGCGCCCGUGCUGAGGUGGAGCGAGAAGGCCCGCCGCGAGGGGUAUGGGAUUACCCUGCAUCUGGAUAGCAAGCGGCAUGAGGAGGUGGAUGAGUUCAGCACGAGCGGCUUUAUCGGAGCGUUGGUUGGCGACAAGGGGGACGUGACCCUGGUGGUGCCGGAUAGCAAGGCGGUGAUUGACAGCGUGACGAGUGAUAGUGUCCUGCAGAUUGGCAGGUCUUUCGGGUGGGCAGUUGAGAAGCGGACGAUCAAGUAUUCCGAACUGCCCAACUUCACCGAGGUCAUGGCUGCGGGCACUGCCGCCGCCUUGGUCCCCAUCCGAUCUAUCACCCGUCGGUUCAGCGCUGCGUUGCCUCAGCACCCUCGAGUAUCGGCCAAAGACGGCGAAGAGACCAUUACUUACAUCCCAGAGGGCAAUGAGGAGCCGGGCGAACUGUGCACCAAGUUGCUCACUCAACUCAAGGGCAUCCAGCUCGGUAAGGUCAAGGACGAGCACGGGUGGCGUUUUGAGAUCAGCGAAGAGGACUGCAAGCGCGUUGAAAAUGUCACAGUUACGGGCAACGGCAGCGUCCAGACGCUGGACCAGCUGGACUAAGGGGCUCAGGGGAAACCCAUCAUCACCUUUGGUGGUCGCACUGGGAAUUUGCUGGUUGGGAGGAGACCGACUCCCCAGUGCCCCGUUGCUAACUUGCUGCUACCAUCAGCAGUAUAUACUAGCAGAUAAUAUUGGCUAGAUAAAAGUUCGAUGUGUUCCCAACAUAUCUUGCCUCCGCUGGCAAGCCCCCUGUUAACCUAACGAUUCACCCAAGUACCACCAAGAACCGAAGUCCACACAUUACAAGAGGACCAGAUGAGUAUUGGCCAUGUUACUAAUGGUACAGUACCUACCUACAUAGCUUGAGGCCUAUCUGGCCAUCAGAGACUUGGUUGACUACCAGACAGG